CCCUAAUGAAGGGAAUUAACUGGAUGGAGGCAGUGGAGCUCAAUAAAGGGAAUACUUGAUUGUUGAACACAAAUAUUACCCUAUUCUUUUCCUCUUCCAAAAAGAAACCUUCCUCCCACCAUGUCUUCUCCGCCACCUUCGAACGCCACCGCCGAAAACACCAAUGAGCCGGCAGAGCUCAGCAAGAAGGCUGCCAAAAAAGAGGCGGCGAAGCAGGAAAAACUAAAAAAAAAGCAAGAAGCUGCUGCCGCUGCAGCUGCCGCGGCACUCGCCGAAGCCUCAAUCGCUGACCCUCUCGCCGAUAACUACGGAGAUAUCCCUCUCAUUGAACUCCAAUCGAAGGCCGUUACCGAACUCAAGUGGACAGAGGUAAAAUCUCUCUCUUCCGAUCUCAAAGAUCAGGAGGUUCUCGUUCGAGGACGAGUGCAGGCAGUUCGGGCUGUCUCGAAGAAAAUGGCGUUUGUUGUUGUGCGAGAGGGUCUAUUUACUGUUCAAUGUGUUCUAAUGGUGGCUAAGGAGAAAGUGAGUGAACAGAUGGUUAAGUUUGCUAAUGCUUUGAGCCGCGAGUCCAUUGUUGAUAUUGAGGGUGUUAUUUCUGUUCCUGGUGAACCCAUUAAAGGCACCUCUCAACAGGUUGAGAUUCAAGUGAGGAAGAUUUACUGUAUUAACAGAGCUAUAUCAACACUGCCGAUUAAUAUUGAGGAUGCAGCCCGGAGCGAUGCCGAGAUUGAAGAAGCUUUGAAGGAUGGGAAGCAAUUGGUUCGUGUAAACCAAGACACGCGGUUGAAUUACCGAGUCUUAGAUUUGAGGACCCCUGCUAAUCAGGCCAUAUUUCAUCUGUCAUCUGAAGUUGAACACGAAUUCAGGGUAUUCUUGCGAUCUGAACAUUUUCGAGGAAUUCAUACACCCAAGACGAUGGGAGGAACAAGUGAAGGUGGUGCAGCAGUUUUCAGAUUUGACUACAAAGGCCAGCCUGCCUGUCUUGCUCAGUCACCUCAGCUUCACAAGCAAAUGUCAAUUUCUGGUGAUUUUAGGCGAGUUUUUGAAGUUGGUCCUGUUUUCAGAGCUGAGGACUCCUUCACUCAUAGGCAUCUCUGCGAGUUUACGGGUCUUGACGUGGAAAUGGAGAUCAAAGCACACUAUUCAGAGGUUAUGGACAUAGUUGACCGGUUGUUUGUGGCCAUUUUUGACCAUUUAAAUGAGAACUGCCAAGGAGAACUGGAAGCUAUUUCAAGGCAGUAUCCAUUUCAACCUUUGAAGUAUUUGCGGAAGACAUUGCAGCUGACGUUUCCAGAAGGAAUUCAAAUGCUGAAGGAGGCGGGUAUUGAAGUUGACCCUCUUGGGGAUCUUAAUACCGAAACCGAGAGAAAGCUCGGAGAAUUAGUUCGUGACAAAUAUGAUACUGAGUUUUACAUUCUCCACCGGUAUCCAUCAGCUAUUAGGCCAUUCUACACCAUGCCCUGCUAUGAUAACGCGUCAUAUAGCAAUUCGUUUGAUGUCUUUAUACGAGGUGAGGAGAUAAUAUCCGGAGCUCAGCGUAUACAUGACCAUGAAUUUUUGACAAAGCGUGCUGAAGCAUGUGGGAUUGAUGUCAAGACAAUAGCUACCUAUCUUGAUUCCUUCAAGUAUGGUACUCCUCCUCAUGGAGGAUUUGGAGUGGGGUUGGAGCGCGUCGUGAUGCUCUUCUGCAACCUGAACAACAUCAGGAAGACGUCCCAGUUCCCGCGUGAUCCUCAAAGGCUUGCACCAUGAUUCUACUUUUUUACUUUUCUUUAGGGAACUUGGUGAGAAAGAACCUUUUAAAACAUAAAUUUUGUGAGAUAGCACAUUUUAUUAAACUUUUGUGUGAAAGAAACACCUCAUAAGAACAUUUUUACGAAGUAUUAAAUAAGCACUGUUCGAUCGGAA